GACAGUUCAGCCACUUCCUCUGAUCACAGAGAGUAAGAGUGAAGCAACCAGAGGCAACAAAGAGAGACAGAACGAAAGAGAAGCACAGAACAGAACACAGAGACAGACAUGGGCGCGAUGAGGACAGGUGUGUUGGUGCUGUUUGGGCUCCUGGUGCCCGUUGCCUCAACUGAGACUUUAUUCACCGAUCCGGUCAUCUGCUACUUCCUGGACUCGAUACUGGUGGUUUACUGCCUCGUGGCCACGGCGCUCUUCUUCAGAGAAAAGUUUAUCUACCCCCGAUACGUCGAAGGAUCUGGAGAUAACGCCAUAUACCAGGAGCUUCAGAGAACAGAAGAUAUCGAUACUUACCAGGAGAUUCAACAAUCAAAAGGAAAAAAAAAAAAGAAAAAGAAGGCUCAGUCGGCCCAAGCGGAGUCCGCGAUGCCCGAAGGCGCCGCUGCACCUCCUCUGUCUCCCCACUGACGUCCUGCAGGGUUCAGACAGCAUCGAGCAUUUCAUCAGGGACAUUUAGCUGAAUUAGUGAUCCUAUUAGGGGAAGUAUUUUAAAGACCAAAUAAUUAGCAACAUAUCAAGUAAAAAUUACAAACCUGCUUCAAAUCAAGACUUUCAAAAAAGUCAUUUGACGCUUUAGAUAAAAAAAAAUUCUGCUAUUUUCUCUUAAAUAAUUACUGUAGUGUCAAGACCGUAAACUCUGCAAUCCAGAUAUCUUACAGCCACACUAGCAAGUAUGGGGCUGCACGCUAAUGCUAACUUUGCAUGCAAUGUGUAUCAAGCAUGUGGUUCUACGUGUUGCUUUGGCUUGUUAGCAUGCGGAUACUGACUGAUUGGAUCAAACAUGACAGAACGGUUUCAGAAGCCCGAUGUUACUUUAGUUAUGGCGUCACUGACUCACUGAGAGCAGCUUGUAGCUACAACAUGUGGAUUCCAGCUGCUUGAUUUGUCCAACUGAACGGCAUUAAAAUUGAAAUCAAAACA